AUGAUAGAUAUAACUAGAGUUUAUAUGUCUCUCGAUCAAAGUUUACAAUGUUUACGACUUCAAUUAUUAUCACAACAACAAUCGGAACAUGCACUCAUCCAUGAUUUAAUUGAAUUCGAAUGUGAAGAACAAUGGGUUGAUGAACAAACACUACAACUGAAUGAAUUAUUGACAAUAGAUGAAACGAUUUUCCAAAAUCUAUCUAAACAAAUAAUCCCAAUUGACUUGAUUGGAUCAAAUGUGGAACAAGAUACUCAAAUAUUGGCGAAUAUUAACUGUAGUAAUGGUAGUACUAGUUUAAUUUUGGAUUCAGAAUGUGAUCAUGUAAUUCAUAAUACAAGUAGUUGUGAAUUGAAAGAAUGCAUUUCUAACUCAGUAAAUCAUGGUGAUCAUGAAGAUGAUGAUGAUAAUAUUGCGGAUGACCAUGACUAUGACUUAGAGGUGCGAAUCACUUUUGCAAAAGUAGAUUAA